AUGCUUAUUUGGCUUGACGGACUGAAUAUGCCACAACCCGAGGAAUGGGGCGAUCCAGUCGCUGCGUUUAUGUUAAGCAAACUCAAGGAUUCCCGCACGGCAAAUAGCGGCAAUAGAAGAGAUGACCACUUUGCUAGGAACCCUUACUUCACUUCCGACUCCGAAGCCUCGACACAAGACGGACACUUUUCUGGAAACCCUUACUUCGCAUCCGAGUCUGAAGCCUCGACACGAGACUCACAAAGAGAGGGAAGUCAGACUGAAGAAGACGAAUUCGAUGAAACGAUUCGCCCAGACGAUUUGGUGACACAGGUGCCGGAUAAGAUUUCACAACCAGCCAAUGAAGAUUCAAGCACCAUCAAGCCUGCAGUCAACGGAAGCGUUGGCUCAGACAACAGCUUGAGAACGGAAGUCAGCCAUGAGCCACACUCUUCAAGCUUGAGCGCCUCAACUCCUUCUGGGCCUUUCGAUAUUUUCAGACCAGCCACCCCUGAUCUCGUGCGAGACUCAAAGCUUGAGACAGUCAUCACCAACAACGGAGCACUCGUGCAACACAUCACGUACGAGCCGAACCAUUAUGUGCAUCAGCGACGACUAAGAAAAAAACAGACAUGGAAGCGUGUGCGUGAGUUGGGUAGAGGCGGUUCUGGUUGUGUCUGGCUGGAGGAGCGUCUUGAUGGGCACGAUAAUGGAGGUACAUUUCGCGCCGUCAAGGAGAUUUUCAAGAUACAGCCACCAGGACAACAUCUUUCGAUCAAUUACGACCGGGAGUUGGAGGCCAUUGCCAAAUUCCCCCACUCCAAGGUGACAUACUUCUCAUUCUUUUCUCUUUUUUUGAGCUUUUACUCACUCUUUCCGUCCCCUAUCUUAGUACCGAUGGAGUAUAUGAAGCAUGGCAAUCUGGAAGGAUAUCUAUCACGCCCUUUCCACGAGGAAGAAACCAAGCAGAUUGUAUUCCAGCUUCUAGAGGGCCUACACUUUAUGCACGACGAAGGAUUUGCACACCGUAACCUCAAUCCUGCUAACAUCCUCGUCGCAGAGCCGUCACCACAUUGGUGGGUUAAAAUUGGUGACAUCGGGAUCUCCAAACGAGCAGAAGAAGAAACUACGGCCUUUCACACUAUGGUUGGGUACCUCGCGCCCGAGGUGAUGGGUUUUUGCAGCGCAGAGGACGUGAUAGGCGUGCGCUCAGCUGGCAAAGACUCAUCCAGCAUGUAUACUGUGGCAGUCGACAUUUGGGCCCUGGGCGUCAUUAUGUUUCGGCUUCUCAAUAAUCGCAAUGUAUUUGGUAACUAUGGCCAGCUGACUCAAUCCAUUCCCCCGGACGAUCUACCACGGAAGAAGAUGUCCGUGAAUGAUGAGGACACGGCCCCGAGUGCCGAUUAG